UUUUUCACACGAUUGUGUUGGUAUAAAAGAGCAUCAUAAUCCUCCCUUGGUCAUUGUGGGUCAACCACAAGGGCUUGGAACCAAAACUGGCGAUGUUGCAAGUUCUUAUUGUGGCCGUUGUCUUGGCAGGCUCCAAUGCUGCCCUGCAGUUUGCCUCCUACUACCAGGACCACAUGGUUCUACAGAGAGGUCCUCAGCGGGCUGUCAUCUGGGGACAUGCCACCAAAAUAGGGGACACUGUCACAGUGGCCGUCGUAGGUCAUGGCUCAGCCACCGGAAGUGUUUUCAGAGAUUCUGCAGGACAUGGGAUGUGGAAGGUCAAGCUUCCGGUUAUGACGGCCAAGGGUCCUUUCACCGUGUCCGCCAGAUCGAGUGAGGGGACAGUGACCAUCACAGAUGUCCUCUUCGGGGAUGUCUGGCUGUGUGGAGGGCAAAGUAACAUGGAGUUUCCUCUUGGACAUGUAUUUAAUUCCACUGCUGAAAUAGCAGCAUCACUGAAGUAUGGCGACAUUCGGAUCAUGCGAGUUGGUAACCAUCAGUCGACAACGCCUUUCACAGAAUUUCAGGCAAAUGGAAUAUCUGUAAAGUGGACAAGACCAACCAAAGGUGCUGUCACCUAUUUUUCUGCUGUGUGCUGGUUCUUCGGCGAGAAUAUCCAAGCUGACAGAAAGUAUCCGAUUGGUUUGAUCGAGUCCAACUGGGGAGGUACGCCUAUCGAAGCCUGGUCCUCUCCCGAUGCCUUAUCAGCCUGCUCCCAUCACAGAAAACGAGGUCCAGUCGCACAUUCUGUUCUCUGGAACCCAAUGAUCAAACCUCUCCUUGGCCUUACCAUAUAUGGAGCCAUCUGGUACCAAGGUGAAAAUAACGCCUGGCGACCUGAACCGUAUUCAUGUCAGUUCCAGGCAUUGAUCAACGACUGGCGACACAAGUUUAACAAGGAAUCUUUGGGAGAAACGAGCGCUACCUUCCCAUUUGGUUUCGUCCAGCUGGCUGCGUAUCGUCAGAGUGCUACAACUAUCGGAGGCUUCCCUGGACUUAGAUGGGCCCAGACAGCGAACCAUGGCACCGUUCCUAAUCAGGAUCUUAAGAAUGUCUUCAUGGCGGUUGCUAUGGAUCUACCUGACUUCAGUUCGCCAUACGGAUCCAUCCAUCCCCGGUACAAGCAAGAUGUUGCUAGGCGACUGGUUCUGGCUGCACGAGGAGUAGCUUACCACGAACAAUGGGUUCACUACCAGGGUCCUUAUCCUAAGACUGUAACAGACAAUACAGCCCACCACACAAUCAACAUCAUCUACAACUAUGGCCCCAUAAGGGUCAACUCGAACAAUGGAUUUGAGGUCUGUUGUUCAGCUGAUGCAACGUGUGGCCCUCUAGAUACUUGGAUAGCUGCACCGAUCCAAUCCCACCAAGACAACCAGGUAGUUCUCUCUACAACAUCCUGUAAUCGCAAGGUUGUGGGUGUGCGGUACGCCUGGAGAGAGAGCCCCUGUGACUACAAGAAGUGCGCCAUAUAUGGGAAGGAUACGUCACUUCCGGCUCCCCCAUUCUUACACACCAACAAUUUCGGAUCUGGACCUAUUAUUGGUUAAUAAAUCUGAUCAUGCUUG